CAUCUGCCGUGUACCCGUUCGCCGCAAAUGACGGUUCGUGGACUGUCGAGGUUUUUUUCCCGUCAUCUCCAGGUUGGAAGUUUUUGAGUUCCCUAGCCUGGGAUUUAAGGAAUUAACGUAUUGAGAUCCGAAAUCUUUAACCAUGAAAGCGAGCGGAGAUUUGAAGGAAUUCAAAGUUAUCGGCAGGGCUCUGCCUAAGCCCGAUCAGGCCAAUCCUCCGCUGUACAGAAUGAGGAUUUUCGCUCCGGACAAAGUCGUGGCUAAGAGCCGGUACUGGUACUUUUGUCGACAGCUGAAGAAGAUGAAGAAAUCCACCGGAGAAAUUGUUUGCUGCGAAGAGGUGCCUAACAAGAAGCCCACCAAAAUCAGGAAUAUUUCCAUCUUUUUGCGCUAUGACUCGCGCUCGGGAACACACAACAUGGUGCGCGAAUAUCGUGAUGUGACUGUGGCAGGCGCCGUCACCCAGAUGUACCGUGAUAUGGGAGCCCGUCAUCGCGCUCGUGCGCAUUCUAUCCAAGUCAUCUCCGUUAAGGAAGUUACACCAUCCCAGUGCAGACGACCAGCUACCAAACAGUUCCACGAUUCUAAGAUCAGAUUCCCGCUCCCACAUCGUGUCAACACCGAUCUGCACAAGCCACGAUUUACUACUCGCCGACCGAAGACACAUUUCUCGUAAAACAAUAGAUUUGUUUUCUUUUUGGUGGCUGCAGUUUACUGUGAAAGUGAAAUAAAGAUCCCCGAAGUUU